AGCAGAAGGUUUUACUUCAAAAAAAUAAUGCUGUUUCUUCGGUGUGUCCUGGAGACUGCCUGUUGAGGAACCACAGUCAUGAAUGGCUUUAGGGUCCUCCUGCGAAGCAACCUGUCCAUGCUGCUGCUGCUCGUUUUCUUGCACUUUCAGAGUCUGGGUCUGGAUAUUGACACUCGAUCUGCUGCUGAAGUCUGUGCCACACAUACCAUUUCACCAGGACCUAAAGGAGAUGACGGUGAAAGAGGUGACACCGGAGAAGAAGGCAAGGAUGGCAAAGUGGGACGCCGGGGACCAAAAGGAGUUAAAGGAGAGCUGGGUGAUAUGGGAGCCCAGGGCAAUAUUGGCAAGUCUGGCCCUAUUGGCAAGAAGGGUGAUAAAGGGGAAAAGGGUCUGCUUGGGAUUCCUGGAGAAAAAGGCAAGGCAGGUACCAUCUGUGACUGUGGCAGGUAUCGGAAAGUGGUUGGACAACUGGAUAUUAGUGUUGCUCGUCUUAAGACAUCAAUGAAAUUCAUCAAGAAUGUUAUAGCAGGGAUCCGGGAAACUGAAGAGAAAUUCUACUACAUUGUGCAGGAAGAGAAGAACUACAGGGAAUCUCUGACCCACUGCAGGAUCCGGGGAGGGAUGCUAGCCAUGCCCAAGGAUGAAGUUGUUAACACUCUUCUUGCUGACUAUGUUGCCAAGAGUGGCUUCUUCCGAGUGUUCAUUGGGGUGAAUGACCUUGAGAAAGAGGGGCAAUAUGUGUUCACAGAUAACACUCCACUGCAGAACUACAGCAAUUGGAAGGAGGGAGAACCCAGUGACCCCUAUGGCCAUGAGGACUGUGUGGAGAUGCUGAGCUCCGGCAGAUGGAAUGACACAGAGUGUCAUCUUACUAUGUAUUUUGUCUGUGAGUUUGUCAAGAAGAAAAAAUAAUUUUCCUCAUGUAACACAGUCAUCUUUUCCAUGGGUCUUCUUCUCACAGUUACUUUUAUCCAUUUUUGCCUUCCUAAUUACAUUGCUCUUGCUAAAAUGACAUAAGGGCUCUGCCCCCACUAUCUUCUUCUGUGCUAAUUGUGACAAUUCUGUACAUGAUGUUUACUUAGACUAUUCUUGGGGCUCUUUCUCUUGCAGCUCUAUUUAACCCUUUGGCAUAACAGGAGAAAGACACUAGAACUCA